AUGGCGAUAGGGAGCAAGCCGGAGGCGACAAUGUGGGUGGCGAUGGCGACACUGGUGUUCGUGGAGGCGAAGCGGGUGGCCGACUUCAUCGCGUCGCACCUGUGUCAGGCCGGCUUCCUGACCACCAGCAUCCACGGCGACCGGCUGCGGCCCGAGCGCGAGGAGGCGCUGGCUGACUUCAAGUACGGCAAGACGCCGACGCUGAUCGCCACGUCGGUGGCCUCGCGCGGCCACGAGAUCAAGGGCGUGGCCAGCGUGGUCAAUUACGACCUGCCGAGGGCCAUCGACGACUACGUACACCGGAUCGGCCGCACGGGCCGCGCGGGCAAUACCGGCAGCGCCAUCGGCUUCUACGACAGCGCGCUGGCCGCCGACCUGGUGAAGAUCCUGGCCGGCGCCGAGCAGGAGGUGCCCGACGUCCUGCAGCGCGACCGACGGAGGACCGGCCGCGCCUAG